UUGAUUAUACAUUCGUUCAAAUUGUUCUCGUUGUUUGAAAAUCAAUAUGAAUUAAACUUCAAAAUGAGUAUCACCUUGCCGAUUGUUUUGACUGUUUUAAACAUUGGGCUAGCCUCAUCAUCACAAAACACGACGUGCUCUAUUCCGGAAGAACUAGAGCUCGAUUGUUACCCGUCGGUACCUGAGAAAUCUUUCACGGCGUUUUGCGAGGAUCACAGGGGUGUGGUGGAAGGAAGAUGUUGUUUCUAUGGUGAAGCAUCAGGACCAGACAUUCUGAUUGGUCUGAAUUUGAGACAGUGUGGAAUAGAGGACUCCCAGGUCAUACAACAACUGGGCCAGGAGGUGUUGCAACAGAUGCAGGUGCUCUUCAUGCAGGCAAACCCUUUCGUGGACGCUCCAGCCGACUCUUUUCUGGCAAUGACGCAACUGGAUGUUCUGUUAUUACCCUCUGGGUGCAACUGCCCGGGUGAAGCGGGAGUCACGUGGGAUAAUGUGUCCGAGUCCGGCAACUCAGUACUCUGCCAGGGUCAAAUCCCGACCACAGGGGACUGUCCUGACCAUAGUCACUCUGAGUCCUGUGGCCCUAACUUGUACGAGUGUCUCUGCAAUCAAAAAUACUCCAGUUACAAAUGUCUGAGAGUGGCCAAGAAGUUUCCCUGGAAAACAUUUGGACCAAUUUUGGCAGUUCUGACAGUUCUUACAGCUACACUUUUGUUCUGGAAAAAACAUGGAUACGACUCAAUGCGACAUUUGAAGCACAAUAUGGAUGCUAGAUUCAUCAAUUAAAAAUCACUUUAUUUUGCCACCAAGGCGUGAAGGUGAAAACUUUGAA